GCUCCACUGAAAAUAAUGAGACAUAUAGGAUUGUAUUGUCAACCACUAACCCAAGGUUGAUGAAGCUGGGGGCCUUCAGAUGCUGCUGGAUUACAACAUCCAACAUUCCUGGCCAUUGGCCAUGUUUGACUGAGGCUGGCAAGAGUCCAACAACAUUUGGAGGGCCACAGCUUUCACACCCCUGCUUGAACCAUUCUUUUUAACCAUAUAUUUUUCCAGGAGACUGAAAUAAUUCAUUCAUACUGUAAACAAGGCUCCUCAUCCCACAUCUCCAUUGCAACCCUACAGAAUCUGUUAAUAUGGCACAACCUUCUGCUAAGAAGGAUGGCGAUCACCUAUUGUUAAGGUUUUGAAAAGCAAGAGUGCAACAAGUAUGUGUAUGUGUGUGUGAAGAAGAGUAAAGGUACGACUAAUAUUUAUUAUGUUUUUUAUUAAGAUCAAAAUUUGGAGAAUCAGUCAACAUGCUGAAGGAGAGCCAGAUCUACCUAUGUAUCUUCUUUUUGCUUGCAUUUGGGAUAUUGUAUGAGUUCUCCCUAGAACCUGGUUGCUUCUUUUCCUGCAAACCUGUUGCUAAACAACUUGUGAUGCCCCAAGAUGUCCUCUCUAAGGGGAGAAGUAUCAUCUUUCUGGAAACAACUGACCAUCUACAGCCUCCACCACUGGUUUUAUGCUCUGUCGAAUCUGCUGCUAGAAUCUAUUCGGACAGAGCCAUCUUUUUCUUUAUGCAAGGGCUGAACAAUAGCACAAUGACAGAUUUCAAGUUGACUUCCCCUUCGCUGUCUUUCUUAUCGGCUAUGAAGAAUGUUUUCCUUUUUCCCCUGGAGAUGGACAUUUUGUUCCAAGACACACCUCUGUUCCGGUGGUACCAUCAGGUGAGAGAGAAAGAGGUAUUGUUUUCUGGUGGGAUGCAUUAAUUGCAAAGUUAGUUGUAAAAUAUUUUUGGUGACAAAUAUCAAUCCCCCUUUUAAAAAUGCAAACUGUUUACUGGUGACUUUAUCAGUGCAAAGGAAAAGAAAUUGUUAACUGCCUUUUCCUACCAAGACACUGAAAUGUCAUUGUAUGCUUAAAUUUAGUAAUGUUUGGUGAAGAUACAACUUCAAAGCAUGUUUUAUUAUAUCCUUUGGUUCAUUUUACCGAAUACAGCACAGUAUUAGUAAUCACCAUGCAUGGCAAUCAGCCCAGGUAGUGAGGAGAAUUCGGGAGAAAGAGUCAAUAUGAUGAAAAAGAACAAACCAUCAUAUACAGUGGUACCUCAGGUUAAGAACUUAAUUCAUUCUGGAGGUCCGUUCUUAACCUGAAACUGUUCUUAACCUUAAGCACCACUUUAGCUAAUGGGGCCUCCCACUGCUGCCACGCCGCUGCUGCACGAUUUCUGUUCUCAUCCUGAAGCAAAGUUCUUAACCCAAGGUACUAUUUCUGGGUUAGCGGAGUCUGUAACCUGAAGCGUCUGUAACCUAAAGCGUCUGUAACCCGAGGUACCACUGUAUUACACUUGCACUGGGCUUCAGAGUUUCAAAUUCACAAUUUCUGUUUUCCAAAAAUUCUGAAUAAACUGGCUACAGUGGUACCUCAGAUUACAGAUGCUUCAGGUUACAGACUCCGCUAACCCAGAAAUAGUACCUCAGGUUAAGAACUUUGCUUCAGGAUGAGAACAGAAAUUGUGCUCCAGUGGCGCCGUGGCAGCAGGAGGCCCCAUUAGCAAAAGUGGUGCUUUUUAAGAACAGUUUCAGGUUAAGAACGAACCUCCGGAACAAAUUAAGUUCAUAACCAGAGGUACCACUGUAGUACUAUUCAGCAUGUUAAAAAUUGAUGUUUUCCUUUUACACUAAAUAUAUGCCAAUGAAGCUCAGUAUUGUUUGACUGGCAGCAUUUCUCCAGGGUCUCAGGCAGAAGUUUUGCUCAUCACCUACCUGAUCAUUUGAACUGGAGAUAGUGGGAAUUAAACCUGGGGUGUUCAACAGGCAAAACAUGAUGUCUGUGGUCUACCGCUGGGCUCUGCUCCCACCCACAGGUUAAGUGGCCUCUGCAGGAGCUGAGAUACUGAUUGAUGCAGUGAACCCACUGAUACGUUCAGGCCCUACACUUUCUCAGGUAUGCCUGCAUAGAGGUGAGGUCUUUUCUAGUGGGAAGUCACAUCCAGAAUUUGAACCUAGGCUCACAUACAUGUGACACCUGAGCUGUUCCAGUAGUGGAAAUAUUGCAGACAUUGAAAGGAAGAAGUAAGGAGUAUGUCUUAGGAGCUAGGGGCUGUCCCUUGAUUCUAUGUCCAUUUUUAACCCUGCAGGUGAAUGCAACACAGGAGAAGAACUGGGUCUAUAUUAUCUCUGAUGCAAUCAGGCUUGCAAUGGUGUGGAAAUACGGUGGGACUUAUAUGGACACAGAUGUCAUUUCCAUCCAACCCAUCCCAGUGACCAACUUCUUGGCAGCCCAGUCUUCCCAGUUCUCCAGCAAUGGGAUCCUUGGUUUUCAGCGUCAUCACUGGUUCCUCUGGGACUGCAUGGUAGAUUUUGUUCAGCACUACAAUGGAGCCAUCUGGGGACAUCAGGGACCUCACUUAAUCACAAGGAUGCUAAAGAAGCUGUGUAACCUCACAGAUUUCAAUAAUGUGGAGGAUCAGACAUGUCACAACAUUUCCUUCUUGCACCCCCAGCGCUUCUAUCCCAUCCCCUACACACUGUGGCAUAAGUACUAUGAAGUGUGGGAUUCAAAGCCAGACUUCAAUGAGUCCUACGCUUUGCACCUGUGGAACUUCAUGAACAGGAAAGAGAAGAGAAAUGUGACCAUUGGGAGCAAUUUCCUGGUGGAAAACCUGUUCAGAACACAUUGCCCUACUACUUACCAGAGUCUUAUUCAAGCUGCACAAAGAAGCAAACAGAUGUCUCAAAAUAAAACUAGCCCAUUGUGGUAAAGCAAAAGGAGGAUAUGUUACCAUAUGCAAUACUUAUCCUAUUAGGCGUAUAAUUUAGGAACCUCGGGCUCCCAAGCAGAUCACCUUCCACUUCAAGAUGAUUUUUAAUAUUCUCAGGGGGGAUGGAAAUCAGAGAAUUGCAGACUUGGAAAGGGCCCUGAAUGAAAAGCAUCUCAAAGAAUUUCAUCUAAAGCAUCCCUGACAAAUGGCCAUCCAACCUCUGCUUAUAAACCUACAAAGAAGUAGCGUUCACCACUCUCUGAGGCAGGGGAGUACGAAAUAGGGGGUGGAGGGGGC